AUGACCUUCGAAAAGGAUUUUUUAGACUCAGAUAGGAUCAACUCCAAAAUACGUCUGAGAGAGAGGAUCGAGUGCUCCAUCCGGCGGCGGAAGAGGUUCGGCUCCUCCUCUCAGCUGGCGACCGGCAUCCUCCUCUCAGCUGGUUCUAUUUCGGAGGGGCGGAAGCAGGACUGGCUCGGGAUGGAGUGCCGAGGCGACCAUGCUAAAAAUAAUCGCAAAACUGGGUUCUUGGGCCGCAACUACAGCGGGGCAGUCGCAGGUAAGGCAGCUCACGCCUACUUUCACGUUUGGUUUUGGGUGGUCUGUUCGCACAUAUCAAAGCCCAGCUCAAGAAGAAGAAUGGCCGACGUGAUGAGACUCCCAGAACAGGUCUCUGCUCAGGCCUACAUGAUGAACUUGAUGGUGGAUGGAGAUGAUGAUGAAGAUGUCCGCCUCCACUUGACAGCAGUUUGUGACGAUGGUGAAGGUAUGAGAAAAAUUCUAAGUGAACCCGAAUCUCUCCAGUGGAUCAACCAUAGAGUGAGACCGUAUCUGGCACCCCCUCUUCGAUUAGCAGUGUCAGGAGGAAGCGUGGAAUGUGCAAAACUGCUUAUAGAGGCUGGAGCAGAUAUUGAGCUGGAAGAUGUCAAGGGACAGACUCCACUUUUUGUUGCAACAUCUACAAGAAAAACAGAUUUAAUGAAGGUGUUGCUUGAAUCUGGCGCUAAUCCUGAAGGAAGCAAAAAGAACCGUUGCUCUCCGCUGUUAGUUGCUGUUCGUGAUGGAUUCUCAGAGGGUGUUAAGUUGCUCUUAAAAUAUGGGGCUGAUCCAGAACCCUUCGACCAGAUCCUGACCUGCGUGCCAGGCUGGCCUCUGCAGCAUGCCAUUGUCUAUGCUCACUUCUCCUGUUUCCUGGAAUUGGUCAAAGGAGGGUGCGUGGCUAAUCUGAGAGACCUGCCGUAUGAGGUCAAUUCCAGCAUUGUUUCACGCCUUUCCAUUCCACACGCGAUCCUCAAGUAUGCUAGGGACUACCCUGAGUUCGUUAUGCUGUAUCAUGAGAUUGGAGGUAACCUCUGGCAGUUGAAUGCUAAGGGAGUCUCUUCAUUAGAAGAAUUUCCUGAAAGCUCUCCAGCAAAGCAGUUAAUAAGCUCUCUCUUAGGUUCUCCAAGAAGCCUAAAAUCAAUUUGCCGUCACAAGAUAAGACAACAGUUUCACAGAAGAAAUCUCGAUAAAUUGACUUCUUUAGAUCUUCCCUCUUGCCUUAUUCCAUAUCUUAGUUUUGAGGAAUUCGCAAAAUAUUCAAAAAGGACUGAGGAGAACACGCACACAAAAGUUGUCAAAAAGGAAGAGUGAUACAAAGUGGCAGUCAAAGCAAUUUUGUCAGCGACAGAUACAGGCUUUGCAAUGAAAUGAUGAUUACUUUGUGAAUGUCUGAAGCAUUGGAAGCUGUGGAAAGAUGUGAGUGGGUAAAGUGUGCAUGGUACAGUAUUCUAUCUGUUAUUAAGUAAAUUUUAUGUUUCUGUUAUUUUUGUUAUUUAUUAUCUUCUGAUCUGCUUGUGUUUUGUUGUGAAUACUUUUAUCUAUUUUAAUAUUUCAAUAUCUUUGAUAUCUCUAUAUAACUGCUACAUCCCAUAUUUCUUCAUAUGUGUCUGUAACUGACUACUUUGAAGUUUUUAAGACUACAAAUAUGUAGAAUUACUUAGCACUUGCUGUAAUGCCUAAGUACUUCUAUUAAGUAAAAGUGAAGUGUUCCUUUAAAUAUUAUUAUUAAUAUGAACAUGACCAUCAUGUUUGUUUACUUUUAGCUUAUAAGUGAAUAUUUGUUAAUAUAUUUACUUUCUUAUUUAUUUAUUUAUUUAAUGUCCAUUGCCAUGAGGGUCUAUUGAUCAGAUCUUUCAAAUUGUUAAGCAAAUCAUAUUGUUAUUGGAUGGCCGAAAAUGCAAAGGACUUCUGUAUGUGCAAUAGAGAUCUGUAUAGGAAAUUCUCUCAAGAGGUAAGGUUAUAUGUUUAAUAUUUAAUGCAGAAUGUGUAUCUCUUUUUUAUUGUCAGUGGUUGAGUUGUAAAUGUAAGUAAGAAAUGAAUACAUAGCCUAAGUAUAAAAUCCUUAAAAUCUGCUGGUCAGUGUAGUAUUUUACAUACAAAUAUUUUAUAAAUCUAGUCAUAGAAAGGAUUUGAUAUUCAUCGGAUAUGAUAAUCAGUAUCAUAUGAUUGUAAUUAUAAGUUCCUUUUUCUACAAAGACUUUUCAAGUUUGAUAAAUACAGUGAUUGUAUGAUUCAGGUUUCUGACAUUAAAUGAAUUGGGUAGACUGUAACCAUUACUGAUAGAUAUUUUCUUUAUAUAACUAAAGGCUGUAUUAUCAAAGUGUGACAAUUAUAAAAUCUUGUAUUAACUUUUAAAAAGCAUAACAAAUUCUAUUAAAACAUUACGUCAUGGACAGAUUGCUCAGGGAAGAAUGACCAUAGGUACAUAAUGCCUUGACAAAUUUGUUAUCUAGUCCUAGCUUGUAUGACCUAAUUUUAGCAUAUGGUCUGAGUCUACUCUUGAAAACAAAUAUUUUGUAAUUUUUCAAAUAAACAUUAUAUAGG